AAGAAGUAUUCACUUUGAUUUCAAUAAAUUAUAGCAUAUCAUAAUCCUUUAUCUAUCUUUAUCAUCUUGUUCUGUUAAAAUUUUAAUAAUCUACAAACAACUAAAAAAAAUCUAAUGACGUGCAUGCAUUUGUGAUGUGUACUGGGCGUACUGGCAAAAAAAUAAGCAUCCAGUAUGAUAAAAGUCAAAUAACAAUCCGACUAAUUAAAAAAAAAUAUCCUAACCUAUUCUAAGUUCAGAAAAUGUUGGGUUUUCUUAAAUAACUAAUUUAAGAGCGCAGUAUAUCGCAGAAUAACUAAAAUAUUGUGAAGUUAUUUUAACUUAUUUACAGAUAUUGGACAUUUCUCAAAAUGUAAACAUUUUAUGCGAUUCUCCGAUCAUUCUGGAAGAUUGUAAUUCGGUUUGCAGUAUAAGUUUAGCCCAUGAUUUGUUAUUGGGUAAAAUAAAAUAAAAAUGAAUAAAACAAAGGUCACAACGCGCAAAGGCUCAAAAACCAAAACUAAAAAGGAAUCUCCAGAAGUAUUUGUCUUGCCUCCAAAUCUAUUGGAAAAGUUGGGCAUUAAUUUAGGAAACUAUGGAUCACCAACAGGAAGUAUAUCCAACUCUCAAAUUACAGAUUUAAAUGAAAGUUUCAAAGAAAGUGUCCACUGUGAAAAUAAAUUAUCCUUUAAAGAAGAUUUCGAUUCACAUGUCCCCACUUCUGUCAUCCAAUCAUCUUCAGAAAUAAAAUCAACGUCAAUUAUAGAAACUGCAGAAUUGAUGAAAAAGUCAGUUUUUUUGAGUCCAACUUUUAUUUCCAACAAUACAAGCGUUAUCCAAGGAGAAAUAGAGAUAGUUGGAAAUGUUUUAGUAGAAAGCACAGGAGUUAGUGCUGGACUUUUAAUUGAUGAACAUAUAAUUGAAAAAGCUGACAAAGUGUCCAAAGACAUACAUAGAGAACAUGUUUCUUUGUCUAACGUACAAAAAUUUAGUCCAAAUUCCUCAACUACUCAGGAGAAUAAACAGUGUGAUCAGAUUUUUAAUGCCAAUAUAAAAACGCAUGAUCUCGAAAUGCAAACACUUAUCGAUGAUCAUGCUGAUGAGGCCUAUUCUUCGGAUUGCAGUAGCAGUAAUAUUGGAUGUUCUGUCAAACAUGAUUUAAGUAAAUCCAAUGAAAACAAAAUUAAUAUAAUUUCAGAGGAAAUAAUUUAUCCAUCCCAAUUUUACAAAUUAAAAAAUAUAUAUUCACCAAAAGAAAAUACAUUUAUUCAUGUUCCGAUAAAUACUACGAUAAAAAGUCACAAUAAAAAUAGCGUUCCACAAGACGAUUUAAUUGUGGAUUUAAUACCAAAUGAAAUUGGAAAUAUUGAACUAGCUGAAAUGGCUGGUUUUAAUGCAUGUGAAAUGUUUGAGCAGAAUUUAAAAAAAGAAGAUGUCUUUUCCAAGGAAGAUUUUGUUAUGUUACAGAAUAUGAACAAAAUUUCUCAGUGCGAUUUUUUGCACGCAACUGAAUCAGAGUUCAUAAUGACCACUCAAAAUGAGGUAAACCCUCGACAAACUCUUGAACUAUUACCAAUGACACAAAAACAAGAAGUGAUUAUAAAAGACCAAGUGACAAUUGAUAAUACUAUAGUCGUGCCGUGUCAUACUGAUUUUGUGGUCGAAAGUAAUUUAUUGAUAGAGCGGGAAAAAUAUAGUGCCCAUAGAAAUACAUGUUCUGAGCAUGGUGAUAAUGCAGUAAAAGAAUCUUUUGAAGUAAACGCAAGUUUCUUUGAAAAUCAUAAAAAUAAUGAAGGUAUUUUUACUAAGGCCAUAUCAAAUGAAGAUAAAUCUGAAAUGUUUCUUGAUAAACAUAAUGCAACGUUGCAUAUUAUUGAAGCUGUAAAUGAAAUUCCAACUUCGUCUGGAAGUCAAUACUCUCUAAUUAAAGCUUGUUUACAAGGUGAAAGUGCGCCUAAUGUUAGGGACACUUGCCAGGAGUCACUUGAGAGUAGGACAGUUGCUAACAUAUCAGAAAAUAAUAAUGAUGAACUACUGAGUAUACUGCAAAAUGGAGAGGUCGAUUUAAAAAAUCCUGAUAAUAAUAUUUCUUUCACGGAUGAUAGACAGGUUUCAUUUCGUCUAUCAAUUACGAACAAUCUACUUAAAAAUGAAGGUAAAUGUCAACAGCGGUCUAAAUCAACACGGAAAACCUCCGACGAAAAUAAAGCGAGCAAUCCUAUAGAAACUUCACUAAAAAGUAAACACAACCAGGACAAAAAUAAUGCCCUUCAAGAAAACAAACAUCUACAAGAAACAUCUACAAAAAGUCCCAUUGUAUAUUUCAAGCAUUAUAAGAAGCAAGUUUGUGAAAAAAACGAACUUGUUGAAAACAGAAAUGAACAAAAAGAUAGCGAGAAUGCACCUCAUGAAUGUAAAGAUAACGGUUCUCGAGAGAUAAAUAAACUGGAACUUCACCACAUGAAUAAAGCUGCUAUUCAUGAGGACAAAAUUAGAGAAAUAGCUAAAUACUUAAGCGAAUUUGCUGACUUAAAAAAGAGACAUCAUUUUAUGGAAAGAAAUAAAGUGGUUGGGGGCAACGCAGUGAGUAAUAAGAAAAACACAACCUAUUCGAAAUCGUCCAUUCAAGGUGUUGAAAAACCGGGUGGUUCAGGAAUAACCGAAAAUAUUCAAAAUUACCUGCCUACUAAAACGUAUGAACGUAGGGGUAGACAGGUCUGGAAAAAUAUUCCUUUGUCCACUUUUAAAGGAUCUAACACAUCUACCCAGUCUAUAGACCUGCCUGAUAGUACCACUAAUAUUUGUAAUGAAAUAGAAGUAUGUCUUUGCCAUGAUUUUGGCCGAUUAAUGUCGUAUGAUGAUGCAAACAGCUAUGAACAUAUUCAUUUCUGGAAUAAUGCAAGGAUGAAUUGUACUCCUGAUCUCAUAUUUAGUAUUUAUAGUGAAGAUGCUACUCCUGUAACCAUUGAUGAUGAUAUAAAAGACUAUCCUAUUGAUGUUUGCAAUGAAAUCUCCUAUAAAUUGUGUUGGAACGAAAUUAAAUCUAUCAAUAAAAAGGAAACAAAAAACAAUGUUACAUCAAGUGUAUAUAUUGAGAUGGUAAGGAAAAACGAAAAUGAAAAGCAGGAAGCUGAAGAGGAACAUAUAUUUGAAAAUACAAUGCUAACUGUAAAUAUAUUACAAAACUGCGAAGGGGUAUCAAAUGAUACAGAUGAACUUUCUGUAAAAACUGGACAGAAGCGUAAACGUUCUGCUGUCGAUCCCGAUAAUUGCGAACUACCAGCGAAAAAUAAAAAACAUGGAAUAUCUAAACAGUUACCGCAAACUAAAGAAACACCUGCUUAUAUUGAGGAGCAACAUACUUCAACGAAGUCUGUGCAGAACAUGUCUGUUAAAAACAGCCCUCUAAAAGACCCAUCUUGUGGGAGUUCGAUACUUUUUGCAACUGGAGAACAUGAUACAGAGGUAUGCAUCUCAGCAAAUGACACUACGGCUGAGCAUUUUGAUCCGCCAUUAACUUCGAUAAAUGAGGUCAAAAUUUACCAUCAACGAAAGACUCAACUGUCAAGAGAGAAUGAAAAUAAGCCUAUCAUUUGUGGCGUCUGCCAACUAAGUGUUGAAGGCGAUUGGAUACAGCACAUCUCUUCAAAACAUGAUUAUCUGGCUUGGAAAUCAGGAGAACCGUCGUUGGAUAUCCACGAUGAGGUUGCGGUUCGUGAACACUUGAACGAGAUCACGAAGACGGGUUGUGGACUCACGUGCGGUAAAUGCGGACUCACUAUAAAAUAUGUAAAAGCUUACUUGAGCCACGUGAGAAGAUGCUCAGGAUCAAAAGCCGAGUGUUCAUCUGAACUGAGGUCUAGCGAAGAACAAGUAGAAUCUAAUGUCAAAAUUAAAGAGCCGCCUGCCGACGAACGAGACGGCCUAGUUAUAUGUGGCGUGUGUGAGGAAUCUAUGCAGGACUCAGAAUGGAACGAACAUAGAGCCACUCGACAUGACUAUCUUGCUUGGAAAUGUGGAGAGUUACCUUUGGAUGUGACGGAUGAGGCUGCAGUUAAAGCACACUUAUAUGAGGUAACGAAGGCGUGUGGCGGACUGACAUGCGCUAAAUGUGGGCUCACCAGAAAAUAUGUCAAAGCUUACUUGAGUCAUGUUCGAAACUGCACUGGGUUGAGCGACUCCCAAAACGAUGCCACAUACAACGUGUCAUCGGAGAUAAUGCUUAAAGUGGAAUAUAGUCCUAUUAAUGAAGAAGCUGAUGAAAAUGGUGCGGAUACGAAUACUGGUCCAAUAAAAUGUGGGGUGUGCGAAGAAUUAGUACAGACGGAAGACUGGUAUCAUCACAUAGGUUCACGACAUAACUAUUUAGCAUGGAACCAUGAAAAUACGCCUUUGGAUGUAAAUGAUGAGGUGGCAGUUCGAAAUCACUUGUACGAGAUCACGAAGGCAUGUGGCGGCCUCACCUGCUCCAAAUGUGGACUAACCAGAAAAUAUGUUAAAGCCUACUUGAGUCAUAUUAAGAGCUGCAAUGGACUUAACGAGUCACAAAAUGACAGUACAUAUAACGUUUCAUUCCAUGAAGUGAAGUUAGCUGAAAAGCCAAGUGAUACAAAAAUCUCAUCUAAAAUAGCAAAUGCGAAUGACUUGGUGAAAUGCGCGGUGUGUGAAGAAUCUAUGCAAGAAAAAGACUGGAUUAGCCACAUAGCCUCACAACACGAUUACUUAGCAUGGAAAGUUGGAGAUACAGCUUUGGAUGUGCAAGAUGAAACCGCCGUAAAAGAUCACUUGUAUGCAAUCACGAACACAUGUGGCGGGCUCACGUGCUCAAAAUGCGGACUCACCAGAAAAUACGUCAAAGCUUAUUUGACUCAUUUCAAAAACUGCAGUGAAAUUGAUGAAUCACAGAAUACGACUAUUUCCAACACUUCAACCGAGAAGUCUGGUGUGGACUUGGUCGACUUCGCUAACAGUUCUACAAGCAAUCACAAACUACAAGAGUCUCUAGUAAAAUGCGGUGUUUGCUCACAGGGUGUUCAAGAAACAGAGUGGAAUAAUCAUAUAGGCUUUCUUCAUAAUUAUCUGGCUUGGAAAUGUGGAGAGGAGACUUUGGAUGUGGCCGAUGAGGAGAGCGUUCGUAAACACUUGAUACGCAUCAAAAAGAAGAUCGGCAGCCUUACGUGUGCGAAAUGCUGCAAAAAUAUAAAAACUGUAAACAAAUACACGAGACACGUUAAGUCAUGCGAAGGAAUAAGUAGUAGUGAUUUGAAAGACAGCUCUCUGGAUCUAGUGGUAGAGAGACAAGUGCAGGCGCUAACAACACCAGCAGACUCCGCGCUGGUGAAGUGUGGGGUGUGCGGGCAGUACUCGGCGAACGAGGACUGGACGCAACAUAUAGCCGCCAGUCACGGAUAUCUGGCUUGGAAAGACGGCGAACCUCCUUUAAAUAUAAAUGAUGAAGAGGAAGUACGAGUGCAUAUGCGUAAUAUUAUUAUUGAAAUCGGAACUUUGACCUGUCAGAAAUGUGAUCUGCCGUGCAAAUCUGUUAAGUCAUACUUACGUCAUCUGAAGAUUUGCGAGGGCGUAGAGGAGGACAAGAACGAAAAUAAGACUGAAGUGUCUAAAAUUGAAAAAGCGGAUACUUUCAAAUGUGGAGUUUGUGACGAAGUUGUUAUAAGUUUACUCUGGUCACAGCAUUUGUCUGAAAAGCAUGAUUACCUCGCUUGGAAGGAAGGCGAUGCUCCUGUGAAUUUUGAGGACGAUAAAGAGGUUCAUCAACAUUUGACAAAUUUCACUAAAGAAUUUGGGAGUUUGAGCUGCAAAUACUGCGGAAUAAAUCUGAAAUACGUGAAAUCCUUUUUGCAACACAUAAAGGCCUGCAAAAUUGGUGGUAUAAGGGAAAGAGUCCCAGCAUCCGUUGUUGAUUUCGAUGACGUAGACUUCGCAAGCGGCGGAACCUGCGGCGUUUGUGAAAAGGAAGUGGAGGCCGGCAAAUGGAUACACCAUACGCAGAAAGAACACAACUACUUAGCAUGGAGAAAAGGAGAAAGGCCUUGGAACUUGGAUAGUUUUGAAGACGUGAACCAGUAUUUGUACGUAAUCUGCAAAAGAAUGGAUGGCUUAACCUGUAACAAGUGUGGCUUAGUGAGAAAAUAUGUGAAGACUUAUUUGACACACAUCAAAGAUUGUAAUGUUAUUGACACGUCAGUUGCUGAAGGAAUCGGGCCUUCGAAUAAAGAUGAACAUCAGUGCGCUAUGUGUAACCAAGUGAUAAAGUCGCAAGAUUGGAAAACUCACGCUAUAGAAAAUCAUUACAAUGUAACCUGGAUAGUUGGCGAAACUCCUAUUGACAUCAAAAACGUUUACGCUGUAGAGAGAUUUUUAAAAGAAUAUAAACAAAUAAAGGGUAAUUUAAAAUGUAAUGAAUGCGGAACCACCCGAGCGUCUUUUGCUGGCUUUUAUGCGCACAUCAUAAUGUGUAAAAAAACGGAGGAGGAAAUAGACAUGUAUCGAAGCCUGUGUGAUAUAUGCAAUAAUAAAUACCUCUGCAUAUAUAAGAACCAGCAUGCGAUGAUGCACAGGGUACAAACGCUCACAGCGCAGGCCAAAAUAAAAGCAAUUGAGGAAAAGCAAGAAAUUCAUAUAUCGGGCAAGAGGCGUGCUGCUGUGAAGGCGCGGUCUGUAAUCGAGAACUAUAGUGACAACAUGAGUAAGCAUACACAUUCGUGCCGGUCGUGUGGAUUUGGUACGGAUUUCAAAGAGGAACUAACGAAGCACAAAUGCGAAGUGUCAAAUGAAAAAGACUUCAGUGGAGACGAGGAUUCAGCCGCCGAGAUAGGAAGCUCGGAGGACGAAUCGGAAGAUACCGACGUCGAUUCCAAUAUUUCGAAUGAGGUGAAUGACGGUCAAGGCGAAGGUGAUGAUAAUGACGAGCUUCAAGCAAAAAAGAAACGGUAUAGAGAUCCUGCGCCACUGUUGUCAAAAGUGACACGUAUUCCCUUCAAAGUUGAAGAUGUCAAUUCAUAUAUCCGAAAUGGUGAUGAAGAUUUUUGUAAUACUCAUUUGACCGAUGAAGUAUUGUUUCCUCGAUGGAAAUGUCAUAACGAACCCGUACUCGAAUCUGAACUGACAAGAUACAUGCCACCACUGGAGCACUCUUGUAAAUUCAAAACUGUUUCUGCUUGGACAACUUUGGAGAGAUUCCAAGCUCUAGAGGACAACAGUGGUACCAGUAUAUUCGUGGGUGCAAGCAUAGUGUGUAUCGCCUGGGUGCCGCCCCGAGUGGAGGAUAUGUUUGACGGGGCCUCCAACUUCUUGGCGAUAGCCUGCCACAACGGUCCGGACUGCCCGCGUUACCAAGGCGGAGAAACGCCCAAACACGAAAAUUUAAUACAAAUAUGGAGUUUCAACAAGUUUCAAGGAUUACCGGAGAUAGUGUUGGGUAUAGCACACGACUUCGGGACGGUUUGGUCGAUGGACUGGUGUCCGUCGGGUGCGAGGGAUGCCUUAACGGCCGAGAACGCAGCGAGUCGUCUGGGGCUGCUCGCAGUGGCGUGCUCCAGCGGAUCCGUGUACAUUUUUGCUGUUCCCUAUCCGUCCAUUGUAGUUAAGAAUAAUCAAAUUCUCCAGAAACUGAAACCAGUCGCCGAGUUAAGAAUGACUAUGGGCAGUAACAGGAAACUAUAUCAGGCAACUUCUGUAUCGUGGUCUAAACAAAAAGAACAUAAUCUAGUAUUAGUCGGUUACGCGGAUGGUUCAACGGCCUAUUAUGAUUUACAUACCGACUCGCCAUUGUUGUCGGCGGUAGAAAAUAACGUUCAAGUUUUUCACCCGUAUUACGACGAACGACCACACAACACCUGCAUUACAGGUACGGAUCUGUACCCGGUGUCCGGGGACGCGGCCGGAUCUGGCAGCGGCGUGUGGACGGCGCCCACCGGCGCGGAGCUGGCGGCGCGCGCCGGCACGGGCGCGCCGGGGCGCGCGCGGCUGGCCACCGCCUCGCUCGGCGUGGCAUUCGCGCCCCAGGCCUGCACCGCCGUGCUGGCUGGAGACGACGCCCUCAAGCAAGCGUCUGUAAGCGAGCUGGUGUGGGUGCCGCCGGGGCGGCGGCUAGGCGGCACGCGCUGCGCGACUGGCUGCGCGCGCUGCGGCCGCGUGGCCGCGUCCAUGCCGCCCACCCUGCGCAUCAUACGCAUGCACCCCUCCUUCUGUGACGCCAAGAAGCAGGUUAUUGGAAUGUUAGAAAUGACACACCUCGCGAAGAAGAGAAAGAAAGCCAACGAUGAGCUAUCCAUGACCAUAGAACCCUUGACUUAUGAUGACGCUGUCAGCAAAUAUGGAAUUGUGUUCACGAGAAUCGUCAAAACUGAUAGGGCAAUGCAACAGCAAUGUUCGGCGAAGCCAAAGACGCGUUGCCCGGAGCGAUUCCCUCUAGCAGAUGUUGAGUCCAUGGCCUUCUGCCCGUCCAAAAAGUUCCAUGACAAACUAGCUGUGGCUACACACUCCGGUAUACUGUUCCUAAUUACCACACACUAAUAUGAUAUUUUAAUUGUUGUUGCCUCCAAGUUUUAGUUUUUUUUAAGUAAGCUUACGGCUCGUGCCAAUAAUUAAAAGCGACAUGCCUGUUAUAUCAAAUUGAGAUCAAUUUGUAAAGUUCAGAGAGAUCUCUUGCUACCGAAUGUUAAAGGUUAUACGUACUGUUCAUCUUGUUGCGCUUUCUCGUUUGAAGUAUAAACCCACGAUUAAGUGUAACUAUGUCUAAUAUAUGUGUAGGUAUAUAAUGAGAAACGUUUUAAAAUGUCAAUCUCUAUCCGGUAUUGAUAUAAGGGUUAAUUCACCUGGCCCGUGGCAAUAUUUAGAUAUAAAUACAGAUCAUUUUUUUUAAUACUACGUCGGUGACAAACAAGCAUAUGGCCCGCCUAAUGGUAAGCAGUCUCCGUAGCCUAUGUACGCCUGCAACUCCAAUGUUAGUCAUCGCAUGUCUUUUAGUCCGGUAUUGUCUUUAACUAUCAAAAGCAGGAAAAAUUUAACUUUAUGUUAGCAUUCAACGUGAAUAGUAUUUGCCCAAACAUUCGUGUUGCAUAAUAGAAAGCAAAACAGUUGUAGAGCUAUAUUUGUGCAAAUAUGUAAGGUGAGGUGAAUUGCCACGACUAAAUAAAAAAAAAAACGAAUAAUAAAUGCAUAGAGUUAGACCAAGCUAAGUUGGCAGCUAGCCCAAACUGUGCAAGUAUUAUUUUAAACGUCUAACUUAUGACUUUUUUAAAUAGCGCUUGCAUACUCUGGGGUAUCAAAAUCGCUGCCAACUUAGCUUGGUCUAACUCUAGCCGUGUCUUGCCGAAAGUAUACAGGUUGAAAAGUUAAAGAGUUGUUAUGUAAUAGUACAUUACGAUACAAGUGCGAAAAAUAGGAAAUUCGAAACGAGUGGCGAUAAAUUAAAACACGACCGAAGGGAGUGUUUUAAAUCGCCACGAGUUGCAAAUUACCUAUUCGCACAUGUAUCGUACAACGUUUUACAGUACAUAUGGCCCUUUAAAUAUUUGACACAGUAACGUAAAAUGCUAAUUUUCGCACUAGUGCGGUGAAGUAGCACCAUAUGUAGAUACUGUAAUAGUACAUUACGAUAAAAGUUCGAAAAAUAGGAAAUUCGAAACGAGUGGCGAUAAAUUAAAACACGACCGAAGGGAGUGUUUUAAAUCGACACGAGUUGCGAAUUACCUAUUCGCACAUGUAUAGUACAACGUUUUACAGUACAUAUGGCCCUUUAAAUGUUCGACACAGUAACGUAAUAUGCUAAUUUUCGCACUAGUGCUAUAAAGUAGCACCAUAUGUACUGUAAUAGUACAUUACGAUACAAGUGCGAAAAAUAGGAAAUUCGAAACGAGUGGCGAUAAAUUAAAACACGACCGAAGGGAGUGUUUUAAAUCGACACGAGUUGCGAAUUACCUAUUCGCACAUGUAUCGUACAACGUUUUACAGUACAUAUGGCCCUUUAAAUGUUCGACACAGUAACAUAAUAUGCUACUUCUCGCACUAGUGCUAUAAAGUAGCCCCAUAUGUACUGUAAAUAAUGUUAUGUUAUAGGUACUUGUUGUAUUUAAAGAUCGGUUGUCGCAGAGCUAUGGCUCUAUCGAUAAGCCGAUUGGGAAGCUGUUAUCGUAUGUUUGAAUAUAAAUGUGACCGCGGCCGGCAAAUCGUCCGACUUUGUCGCUUGCCAUAAGGACGCCUUGACAGGUUAUUCGUAUAAAGAUAUAAACAAAUCUCGACCUGGCAAGCGACAAAGUGGGACGUUUUGCCGGCCGCGGUCACAAAUAGAAGUUGUAAAUAAUGUAAGCCUUAAUAUAUAAUUGUUUACCAAAAGAGAUGCUGUUAUGUUGUAUAUAAGAGAUAAAAUUAUGGAUAGUAUUGGUUUAUACGUAAAUAAAGCGCUGAGAUGAUAGUAGAAUAGCUGGCAAUACACGAAAGUAAGAGCACUACAGUAAUUUGAAGUGUCCAGAGAUAGUCACAUUUUCACUUAUCAGUUAUCACAAUAUAUCUAUGUACACGUGGCUGUUGAACGUUGACGACUAUAGGU